AUGCCUACCCUUGUAAGCUGCUCGGGCGGGGUUGUGCAUGAGAAGUGUCAGCGGCGCGGAAGCUGUUUUCACUCUUCUGUGCGCCUCUCUCUUGUUUUUUCCUGUUUUCGACGUCCUGUCCGAUGUAAAAGUAUGAAUUUUGUUGAUGUACAACCGAAGUCGUUUCUUGAUUAUGCGUGGACAUCGCCCACGCCACCGGUGGUGAUUGCCCCGAAACUGUCAAAGACGAGUCGGAAACAGAAUCGAUGUUGCGAUCAAUGCCGAAAAGGCAAACGAGCAUGCGAUGCCACGAUACUGGAGGACUCGUUGCUGGAUGCCAGUAAAUCGGAAGAUCAUCCAAGCGUCUUCCAUUAUAGUGAUGUCUAUGGACCAUUGACUGCGUGUACGAACUGUGAGAAAACGAAGAAGAACUGCACAUUUAAAUGGCUCCGAUCGCAGAGGGUGUUGCAGGCAACACAGCCUUCGCCAGGUACGGCUUCGUCGGCAAAACGUCGCCGAACGAACAGUAACACCGCGAUCACAUCUCAAAAACCAAACGAAACUCCAAAGCAGGUUGAGACUGGAGAAGAGUUAUGUCGGUCGGAUCCCACGGGAAAUGGAAAGUCCGUGAGUCCGGCGCCACUAGGUGUGACGUUUGGCGACUUCCCGGGUGUGCCGGCGUUUGAGACAGCGCUUUCGACAACUGCUUUCCAGUCUACGCCUACUCUAUGGUGUGAUGGCCUCGGUCUGCCGGCAAGGGCCCCAUUUGGACGCUUCAAUGACGUGUUCGAAGAUGAUGCGAGCUCGUUGACGUAUGAUUCUGGACAAGGCUCAUCUCUGGAAACCCCGCCUGGCAGUACGAAGGAGGUAACCGAGGACAGCCUUACUCAAGUCGCUGAUACACGCCCGAGCGAGACCUUGCAAAAAGUGGAAGGUGCUGUAAUGCGCACCGGGCGGAAACGACGACGCCGCAGCUCAUCGGUAUCUCUUUCAAAUGGUGCGCUUCCUUGUCCAGCCAUAUCGUUUGCAGCCGAGUUCGUCUCGUCCGCAAACACAACAUUCUUGAGAGAAGGGUUGCUGAAGAUCUAUCAUGACAGCUUCGAAAAUGCCCUCUCAUGCUGGUUGACUGAGAGAACUUGCCCGUAUAGUACAAAGGCAGACAUAUCAUUAGCAAACGAUGGCGGGCCUGAUUGGAACCGCAUAUACCACCGCGUGUUUCGGCUGGAUCGUGUGGCUUCCUCGAUCAGAGGGAGACAACUUACGUUCAGCGAAGACAAAGCCGUUAGUAAGGCUCUCAAUUCGGCAAUAUUUUCUUUCGCAACGCAAUGGGCUCAAUCGUCCGAACGAAGCAGAGCCAGAUACCCGUUCGACUAUAGCGGUUCGAGAGGAGGUUCAGAGCUCUUCACAAGUCACAGCGCGAACUACUCAUCAAGUGGCAUCGAAUUCGAUCGAUCGCUACAAGUUACAGCAUGGCACGACGCACGCGCGGCUUUACAAGAUGCUGGUGAGACUGAGUCGUUCAGACUGGUUCUCGCACAGAUAGUCUUCUCGCUGACCCAGCGGCCGGACGACGCCGACAACAAAAGCAACCUGGAAACAGCGGGGGAGAGUGUCAAGUCGACAAGACCGAUCUCGUACGGUGAGGAAGGAGGAAUGGUUGAAUGCGAGGACUUGAUGUCGAAGCUUAACCUCGCAAUGGGUGCCGAAGAUCCCCCUGUGUAUCUGGAGAAAGGGGUUCGGCUCAUACACUCGCUACGAUCCCGAAUGAAGAUGUGUACAGGCACGCCGCCAAUGAAAACACGAGCAAAUCGACGCGGCAAGCAGUAUAGACCGUCGACACAGUGCACGGAUGCCGCCGACCGCGCUACAGUGGACUUGCUCUUCUGGCUUGGUGUCAUGUUCGACACUUUAUCUUCAGCGAUGCAUAAACGGCCUCUAGUACUGUCUGAUGAAGACAGCAACGUUUAUGCGAACGAACGGCAUUCGUCGCCAGACCAGAAACCACAGAGCGUAGGAUCGUCCGUAGCGAGAAGUACCGAGGGCGUCUGGGAUAUCCAUCUCUUUGCUCAGCAGCGCACUCGGCUGCAACAACAACUUGUACGAUGGCCAUGCUCGUUUGAACAGGCCUCUGCUCUUUUGUGUGAUGCAGCUCCGGUGAAGGUCCUUCUCUUCCGAAAAGUCACACGAAUUCAGACGCUCCUUGCUCGUAGUUGUAGUGGAGAGAUGAUCGAACGUUCCAUCAAAGCCGCUCUUGGCAUAUGCGAGCACUGGAAAAAACUCUACGCUCCUUUUAUUCGAGAUUGUAUGCAGCACCACGAUACUCUGCCACCCCGCAUUCAAUCAUGGUAUGUCUGCUUGACCGGGCAUUGGCACCUCGCGACACUGCUAUUGGCAGAUCUGAUUGACAUCGUGGAUGACUCCGAGCUUGGCGUGGAAACCCAGCAGGCACAACGCGCUUCGACCGACUUUGUGGGCUACUUUCGCAAAAGCAACUGUCGAGCUCUCUCGGAGCUAGCGCGGUGUGCGUGCCCGCGAGAGGAUGCGUCGUUUGCACAAUCGCGAGACUUUCAUUUCGCUGUAAACCAGGGCGCUUUGCUGACAGAGCCUUGGACCGCGGUGCUGAUACGUGCGUUUGCCAAAGCUGCAGUGGUACUGCUUGAGACCGAAAGCAUGGUGCCUUCACUCCCGCUAGAUUGUACUUCUGAAGUGGAGGAAGCGUUCCAGCGGGCAGAUGAUUGCGUCAAGGCUUUGUGGUAUCUUGGGCAAAAGUCCGAUUUGGCUCUAACGGCAGCGAAAAUUCUGGGGUAUGCGUUGACUGAAAAGCGCAAGGGUGUUGAGGAGAAGAUCGAGGAACUGAGCUCGUACCUCGAAACCGAGAUGUGGCAAGGCUUCAUUGAGCUGGAUGAGUCCGCCAGAUGGGACUAUCCGAACUAA